CCCUCCUCCUCCCUCCUCGUGAUGUGUGGAUGGGGAUAUAAGCAGCAGUUUAGCUUAAGGAAGCACAGUAGAAAGCUACACUCGCGCUGUAUGCAGGCAGCAGAUAGGGAGAGGCUCAGUUGCCUGCUCUAUCCACUCAACAAAAAAAAGUUACUUUGAUCCAGUUUCCAAAUCUGCUGGAGCUUACAAAACGAAGCAGGAGGGGCCACUGACGAUCCCCGACGUUCUGCUGCAGGGGAGAAGCUGCUGCUUUCCUGCAUUUUGGGUUUUUUGCUAAACUCAGCACAAGAAGAAAAGAACAGAAGGAUCAGCAGAAUUCUACAGACCCCGCACGUUCCAUUCUAGAGCAGAAGAAGUUUCUCUGCAUCUGGAUCGUUGUGUGUGCGCUGGAGGCACACUGAGGGUGCAGGACUGGAGUGAAGAGGCUUGACAUGGCCGGAGAGCUGUCCAUUGCCCCAGAAUUGCCUACAAGCCCACUGGCCAUGGAGUAUGUCAAUGACUUUGACCUGAUGAAGUUUGACGUCAAGAAAGAACCCUUGGGUGGCAGGCUAGACCGUAGUACUGUCCGCCACUGCAACCGUUUGCAACCUACCGGCUCGGUGUCCUCCACCCCAAUCAGCACCCCUUGCAGCUCCGUGCCCUCCUCGCCCAGCUUCAGCCCCACCGAGCAGAAGACACACCUGGAAGAUCUGUAUUGGAUGGCGAACAGCUAUCAGCAGAUGAACCCCGAGGCUUUGAACCUAACUCCAGAGGACGCGGUGGAGGCUCUCAUAGCUCCACAACAGAUGCCUCCGCAGCUGCAAGGAUUUGAGGGCUUCAGAGGUCACCAUCACCCCCACCACCACCAUCACAACCACCAUCACCAAAAUCACCACCAGUACCAGGGCGUCCCCCACGAGGAGCUUGGACACCAGCACCCACACCAUCACCACCACCAUCACCAAGCUUCCCCAAGCCACUCUGCCUCCUCUACUUCUUCUCAGCAGCUUCAGGGUGGUCACCAGCAACACCAGUCCUCAAGCCAGGUAGAAGACAGGUUCUCAGAUGAGCAGCUCGUCUCCAUGUCAGUUCGGGAACUCAACAGGCACCUGAGAGGCUUCACCAAGGACGAUGUGAUCCGUCUGAAACAGAAAAGGAGGACCCUGAAAAAUAGGGGGUACGCCCAGUCCUGCAGGUUCAAGAGAGUUCAGCAGAAGCAUCACCUGGAGAACGAGAAGACCCAACUCAUCCAGCAGGUGGAACAGCUAAAGCAAGAGGUGAACCGGCUGGCCAGGGAGAGAGAUGCUUACAAGAUGAAGUGUGAGAAACUGGCCAACAGCAGCUUCAGAGAGGCUGGUUCCACCAGUGACAACCCAUCGUCCCCAGAAUUCUUCAUGUGAGUCUACUUAAGGCAGAAGAGAACUCAGUGUGGUUGUCAUCUGCACAUCUCCAUCCCAAACUGCCUGCUUUGACUAGGGGUGGGGGUUCAGGGAACCAAGUUGGGGGGACUUCAUUGUCAUAAGAACUCAACAUCUUUUUUGUAGACUAGACUUUAUGUGUGUGUGGGGGGCUAAGGUGCACACAAGGAGAAUUUAAACACCAUCCUACUUAUGCAGUUCACGUUACUGUGGCUACAAAACCUGUUGGGGGAUUUGGGGGCAUAAGGGAGGGGAAGAAGAUUUUGGCAUUGUUUUUUUUUCUUCAGAAUGCCACCAGUAUCUUCCAUGAACUGUGACACUGCCACAUUGAAAUCAGGAAGCAAUGGACAGUAUAUGUAAAGUUGUUUCACUUACUGCAGCUUUGGUUGUAGGUAAGCUACAAAAAAAAGACAAA